AUACAUGGGAAGAGCAGCAAGAAAGGAAGAGGCCAAGGGAGUACAGAGGGUCAAAAUGGGAAAGGCAGCAGAUUUUCCCUCUUCUCAACUCUGAAAGGACUAAGAGUGGCACCAGGCAUAGGACCUGGGCUCCCUGGUAAUCUGGAGGGGGCUGUUCCCAUGGAAUACAUGAGGCAUCAGGGCAAAAUAGUGGUUCCCUGGCAGAAGCAGGAAGGAUUAACUGGCCUGAAUGCUUUCCAGCCCAAACUUCCACCUGUAGUCUGAACAUUUCUAUGGGAAUGAAUGGAUGAAAUAGAGAUGGAAAAGGGAGAGAAAGCCAGAAGACACAGAAUGACUGAAAGAACUGGCCUGUGCUGAUAACAGGUAUGCUUUUGGGACACUGCUCUCACAUAAACCUGAAGAAUUUCAUGCUUCUAUCAAUGUAAGACUCCUCAGCUGGGAAGAGCUCUCCCACUAAAGGAUGGCACCGAGGAAUGGCACAGCACUCCUGUCCCAAACAAAAGGGAAAGCAGAGAGCAAGAAGCACCCCCUACCCCAAGGUUUACGGAGACUCAAGUCAGCCAGAUUCUGAAGCAGAGGGUCCCCCUGGAAUAGCUACAGGGAAUGGAAGAUGUGCCCAAAAAUUCAUUUAUCACCAGCAAUGAAGAAAAGACACAGUGAAGACUUGAGAGCUGGCAUUUCCUCUGCAUAUGCCAGAUCUGUGACACACAUCUUGCUGCUUGUGAGCGGAUGUGAGAGAGAUUCUGCACGAUAAAGCACUAAGUAUUAUUUUUCCACCAGUGCCAGAUGAAUUUGGGGAUGUGAAAGGCGGAGGGAGGAAGCUGAGCUGUGGGGAUGACUUACUGGCCACCAGGAGCUGCACCCUGUGCUCAUGGUCCGUCUUGUUCAGCACUUCCCUGCAGGUGUAGUUGCCCUCGUCCUGCACACGCAGCUCGGUGAUGCUCAGGGAGCUGUUGUCCACCAGGGAAAAGCGAAUGUCCGGGGGGAAGGAGACCCUCGAGGAGAAGAGAGGUGGGAAGGCGUGCGGGUCCCCUUGGAACCAGACCACCUCGGUGGCUUCCUUGGACACGUUGCGGCAUAAAAGGAGGAUGUUUCCUCCCACCUGCCCAAAGACCACUUCAUCUGUGCCUGCAAGAGAGAAGGGACGGCGUUAGGGAUGGAGGGAACGGGCAAAGCCGCCGGAUAUCGGAUCUGUGUCAGCCCUCUGAGGUUUGUCCAGGACACCUUACACGUGGCAGCCUGGAAGCACAAGGCGUGCGUGAAGCAGAGCGCUGAGUCCCACAGGGCUGCCCCACUGGGCCUUGGCACAUUAAUUGUUAAUUAACCUAAUUAAAGGUACGGAUAACAGUGCUGGCCCAGGUAACCGGGGCUCGGCCGGCCCCCCUCGGCUCCGCCUGGGGGCGCCAUAGAGCUGGCGCAGGUGCGUCUCUACCAAUGGGAGGGGAGCAUAGCGGCGUCUCCACCAAUGGGAGCGGAGCAUAACAGCGUCUCCACCAAUGGGAGCGGAGCGGGGCGGUGCCUCCGCCAAGGGGCACGGGGAUCGGGCCGCCCGGAGCCGCCGCAGCCACAAACGUCGCCAUGCCCGUGGAUCUGGCGAAGUGGGACGGGCCGCUGAGCCUCGCCGAGGUGGAGCAGAAGCCGGCGCAGCCGCUGAGGGUCAAGUAUGGCUCCGUGGAGAUCGACGAGUUGGGCAAGGUGCUCACGCCCACUCAGGUCCAGCAUCGCCCCACCAGCAUCGAGUGGGACGGCUGCGAUCCCCAGAAGCUUUACACCUUGGUCCUCACAGACCCUGAUGCGCCCAGUCGGAAGGACCCGAAGUUCAGGGAGUGGCAUCACUUUCUGGUGACCAACAUGAAAGGCAACAAUGUGAGCAGCGGGACCGUGAUGUCGGAUUAUGUUGGCUCCGGGCCUCCCAAGGGAACAGGGCUGCACCGCUACGUGUGGCUGGUGUACGAGCAGCCGCAGCAGCUGGCCUGCAGCGAGCCCGUCCUGUCCAACCGCUCCGGGGACAAGCGCGGCAAGUUCAAGGUGGCCGCAUUCCGCAGCAAGUACGGGCUGGGGGCGCCGGUGGCCGGCACCUGCUACCAGGCCGAGUGGGAUGACUACGUGCCCAAGCUCUACGAGCAGCUCUCGGGGAAGUAGGGCCAGGGCCCUGGGGCACUGCAGCACCCGUGGGUGGGGCCGGGCACGGGGCUGUAGUUCUGUUUUGUUAAUGAGUUGUUAAUUGUCCCGCUCUGACCGCUGGAAAUGUCACUGUCACUGUCCCUGCUCCAUGUGCCGAUGCUUGUGGUAUCCUAGCUAGAGCUGCUGAUGGGUGUCCCUGGAAGGGCCACUCCCUCCAAACUGACCUGCUUAAGGGAAUCAAAAGCUUUUGUGGAUUAGUGUCAGUUCAGGGGGUCUCUGCUGUCUUGGGGUGGUUUGAGGUGGCAGGGAUGUGGGUACACAACCACUUUGGAGUGGGUGCUGGCUGUGGAGACUCUUUCAGGAGAGAAGAGAGCAGUUGAAGGGAAGCUUCCUCCCCUUUUUUUUUUCUUUUCUUUCUUCCUUCCUACAUUUAGCCAGUGCCUCCAUAACACCACUACAGUAGUGAAGGUGCAGCUCGAGGGGGAGGCAGGAGCUGACCUAGAACACUUCUUCUGUUCUCUGCUGCCCCUCAAAGCUGAGACCACUUUGUUUUGUUCAGUCCUGUGGUGACCUUCCCCGUGCACACAGUGCAAUAAAAAACUUCCCAAGGCC